CUGGCAACCAGGAGAAAAGUCGCUGGGUUUUGACGUCAUCGAGCGUGGCUCAGAGCCGGUAGUAAACAACGUGACUUUCGGAUCCUGUAGUAACUUGUUUGAAGACGGUUUUUCCUCAUAACCCGGCGCUUUAAUCAACUUCUUUUUAAAUAACGUUAUUUAAAAAAAAAAAAAAUCCAAGAUGAGUUUGUCGAUGCCUCAGAAGCGAUACUACAGACAGCGAGCCCAUUCAAACCCAAUGGCAGACCACACGUUUGACUAUCCUGUUUGCCCAGAGGACAUGGACUGGUCUGAGCUGUACCCAGACUUCUUCCCUGGCAGCCAGUGUGAGAGAGGGCCGGCUCAAGUUGAGUUUGCAGACAUCGGAUGUGGAUACGGGGGGCUUUUAGUGGAGUUAUCUCCACUUUUCCCAGACAAGCUGAUUCUGGGCCUGGAAAUCCGUGUGAAAGUGUCAGAUUAUGUGCAGGACCGUAUCCAAUCACUGCGUGCCUCAACACCGGGGAGCUACCAGAACAUCGCCUGCCUCCGCAGUAACGCCAUGAAGUACCUGCCCAACUUCUUUACCAAGGGACAGCUCAGCAAGAUGUUUUUUCUCUUCCCCGACCCCCACUUUAAGAAGACCAAGCACAAGUGGAGGAUCAUUAGUCCCACUCUGUUGGCAGAGUAUGCCUACAUACUGAGAACUGGGGGUUUGGUUUACACCAACACGGACGUGGAGGAAGUCCACCUCUGGAUUGUAAAGCACUUCACUGAGCAUCCGCUGUUUUCACGUGUUCCUGACGAAGAGCUGGACAGCGACAUCAUCAUAAGCCGCUUGGGCACCUGCACAGAGGAAGGGAAGAAGGUGCAGAGAAAUGGAGGGAAGAAUUUCCUCGCAGUUUUCCGGAGGAUAGAGGAUUCAAGCUAGGACCAAACACGGCACACAGCCAUUUGGAGGAGAAACAAACUGGAGGAAGUCGUGUUUGGUCUUCAGCAGAGCAAACGGCUGCUGCUUUGUGUGUGUGUAUGUGUGUGUUCUAGAGGAUCGGGCUGUGUGUUCUCCCAGCUCAUGAACAGCAGUGUGUUUUCUGAUACAAAUGGACAAACUAUUCACUUUGUCACCCGAUGGAGGAUUUGCUGCAAGUCUCCUCUGACAUUUUAUUUCUGUCAAAUGUGCUUGAGACUUCUGUUAUUCGUAACUGGAAUCCCACUGUUUUUAUUUGACAGUUCAAAAGGAUGUGCCAGAUUGGAACAAAAUUUGCGUUUUAGUCAAAUUUGACCACAGUUACCUUUGCCAAACCUCGAUUACCGUUUUGGAUUUCUCAUUUGGCCAUGAAUUCCUUCUCUGUAUUAACUUGUAGUGAAAGAUAGAUAAUGGCAUUGUUUUCCAUGCAAAUAUUGGUAGGCAUAUUAUCUGAAAACAGUAAAGCAAUGUUAUGAGGGAAAUGGAAUGGCUAAGAUCAAACACAUUGACAUAUUGUCUUACCUAAGUAGCUAGUUUUUGUUUUUGUUUUUGUUUUUUUACUUAUUCACAAAUCCUUGAAAAUGAGUGGAGUUUCUCUGACAUGAUGUUAACAAUAUUCUUUGGGUGUUCUUGGUGUGAGUUUGCAAUUACAAUACUCAAAUGUGACUUCAGAAUCAAAAUUCAGGAUAUUUCUGUAUUACAUUCCUAACUGAUGUGAAAGAGCUGAAGGCUUUUUUUUAUGUGUGUGUGUGUGUGUGUGCCCGUUUCACAUAAAGUAAUGGAGGUUUAGUCUGAAA